GAAAUGGUGGGUCUUUCAAAUGUCAACAUUUCUUGUUUUUUGAGAAAAAAAAACAUUGCAAAAUUAAGUCUAAAACAUGGAUGAAAAACAUCUAAAGGUUCGAUCAUGGCUUGAAUCAGUGUACCAAGGAAAUGUAAUUCCUCCUUUUGAAGUAAAUUCAACCACCGUCUCUUUAUUGUAUGAUUUGGCUUGUAUCAACGAACGGAAAGACAAAGCUUUCGAAACAAUUAUGGAAGAAUUGAUUCAGAGAAAAGAAGAAUACAAACAUGAAAGUGCAAGAUUGCAUAAGAUUACAGCAGCAGUUGGUCUAAGCAAUUUACCAGAGUCCUCACAAGCUAGCGUUGAAAUUCUGGCAAAUACUGCUCUAAAUCUGAAUUUAAAGGAUACCACUAUGUCCAGUUAUAUUCUUGGUAUCAACAACCUCUUGAGAGAACGCCAUUUAAUUAAGAAGCAAAUGAAGGAAUCAAAAUAUUCUAUGAAAAAGCUCCUCCGUGCGACAAAGAAAGCUCUCUUGCAAUAUAAUACCUUGAAAAGGGCUUACGAAAUACUAGAAAAUGAGAUUUCCUUGCAAGAACCAUUGCUGAAACAACGAAGAAAUGAGACUGAUUUUCUUAAACAAAAAUCCAGUGAAUAUGAGCAGCAAUUACAUCACUUACAGAGUAUUCUUAUAAAUGUGAAUUUGAAACCUGACCUCUUUCAUAAAGCUCUUGAAAGAAAAUAUGAGGAUAUUUUAAAAGUAGAAGAUGAAUUGAAGCCAUUGAAAACGAAGCUUGACAACUACCAUAGCUUGCCUCCUAAUAUGUCUUUAGCAAAAGUAAAACUGGAAGAAGCAAGAAUAGAAUUGGAAACCUUGGAGGAACAGUUGACAAAAGACAUUGAACAAAUUCACAACGCGUAGAGUAUAAUGAACUUUAAGUUCAUAAAAAUUUAUGGUACAUUAUCCUUUCUGAGUAGAAACUGUAACCAAACGAAAGGCAACAUUUUUUCAGUCUUUGUUCCAUUUUUUCUCACAUUGGCGUUCAUGGAACUUGAUAGAGCUCAACAAACAUGUCUGACCACAUA